AUGCCUGGCCCAGUUAUUGAUCGUAUCUGGAAGGAUGAGGGCCUGGAUCUAUUCUUAAUGCCAUAUGGAGUUCUAGCAACUGGCAACAACACAGGUAUUAUCGAACCAGUACGUGACGCUGAAACCGUCAUGACAAUUCAGAAUAACACCCUGGCUGGUCGGUAUCAGAUUGAUCCAACUCAGCUUCACAAAUGGUUGCAGACCAAAAACCCUUCUUCGAAUGCGGUUACCAGCUCAUCACUCAUGUCGUUAUCCGUGCCACCAUCCACACUAAUUGGCACAAGUUUUGCCUCUUUUAAUCAGUCUACCGGCAGUGCAUCACUUAGCCUUCCCCAAUCAACUAUGGCAGAGAUGACAAAUUGCCAGUUAUUUGGAAUUUCACCGGAGCCUCCUCCACUCUCGCUUUUUCCGGACUCUUAUGAGCGUGCCAUCCAGAUAUUUGCGCGCUCCUGUGCCGGCUACUGCGUGGUCACCUUUGUACUAGGUAUUAGAGACAGACAUCCGGACAACAUCAUGGUUGACACAACUGGUCGACUCUUCCACAUCGACUUUGGCCACAUUCUAAACAAUCGGAAGAAGAAGUUCGGCUUCAAUCGGGAGCGUGCACCUUUUGUUUUACCAGAGCAUUUUCUUUAUGUGCUUGCUCGGGGUCGCAAGGACGACGGCUUGGCAUUUCAGUUGCUACUGAAAUGGAGCAAAUUAGCCUACUCUAAGCUA